AUGGGCCGUUCGGACGACAGGCUUUCCGAUCGGAAGCUGGUCGACUGGCUCGUCGAGGAAAGAUGCCUGGCUCGGAUUUGGCCAACUCGCGUCUACCGCUGGAAGAUACUUGAAUGUCCUCACAACUACCUAAUUAGGCCUCUCGAUGCUGGCGAAUUUCAUUUAGCCCUGCUUCUUAAAAGCGCUUUCCAUCCCGACUGGAUUGGACUGGACUGGACUGCAGUUUCUACCUCGCCUGAACUGGUCUCAUUAACACACCCAACGGGGGGUAGAGCAGCUUGUGAUCUCGACACCUUAACCAUGUCGAAUAUGCAGUCCUCUCUCUUUGUGGAGGCAAGGCUAUGUGAAAAUGAAUGA